AUGAGCCAGCAACACCCCUGGGGCACCCCGAGACACAACCAGAGCACCCGUCUGACGCCCAUCUCCACCAGCGCCGCCCACGAACAGCGCAGCACACCCUCUCCCAGCGGCUCGCGUCAGCCAUACUCACCCGCCGCGUCCAGCUUCCCCUCGCUCCCAUCGGCACCGUCGCGCCUCGUAGGUAGCCGCAAGUCGUCGGCCGCGUCCUCGACCUCGUCCGCGCCUCUUGCAGCGGGACAGCAGCUCCCAGCCAGCCAGCUGCUGUCCUCUCGGUCCAGGACCAACGUGAGCCAGCCCGGCUCUCAGCUGGCGUCCUCUGCUGUGCCAGGUGGAGCUUCGUCGAAUAGCAACGGAGGAGCUUCGAAGCUCGUCCGCGCCUCGCCCUCGUCGAGCACAGUGGGCUCGCCCAGCACGUCAACCACGUCAACCAACCCCGCCUCCGGUGCAUCGUCACAAAACCUCUCGCGUAUUGUCAUCGCGCAGGUCUUCCUGUUGCUUAGCCAAUUCGGCCCCGUCAAGGACGAGAAAGAUCGGUCCAAGUGGGAUACGCAGACCGAACAGAUCAGGAAGCUGAUCGAUUCGAACGGCAUGGAGGUGUUUUCAAAAUACUUCCGGCGCGUGCUGCAGAACAAUGCAGCGCAAGUCUUCGGCACGGGCGGCCGCAACGCCGACCCCAACGGCAGCUAUCAGAUCCUCGUGACCGAAGUUCAGAAGCUGCGAAAAGAGCCAGAGCAAGCAGACAAGAUCGCAGAGUCAAUAAGCUCCAGUGAAGGAGACCUGUUCCGCGAUUUCGACCUGUCCACCUUUGUCUCGCAUUUCCAGAUGCACCCACUCUCAAGGGCAAUGCUCACACUUGCGUGCAGGAAGACUAACUUGAGGCCCAAGGCCGAUGCACUUCUUUCAAGCCUUGGCGACGACCUUCUGAUAGCCAUCGCACAGCCCACCCAGAACGACGACACGAGCCCAGACUACAUCGCCUCGCUCGUCGAGUGCCUCCUGCAGGACCCACCACAAGGAUGGGACGAGGACAAGAAGCUGAACCUCGCUUACGCUGUCCAAGUUCGCUACCAGACCUUGCACAUGCAGGUACCGGGCUUGGUCGAGUCGAAGCUCAUACUCGCUGAGCUCACAGAUGGGUCAAGGAAUCCUCUAGUGAAGCUAGUGCAGCGAGCGGGGCCGCAAGGCACGGCUACAGUAGAAGCCAGCAAAGAGUUGCUCGCGUCGGCCGAGACAAGAGACAUAGGCUACCAGCAAGUGGCGUCGGUGGUGUUGUACUUGGCGCUCUCCACGGGAUACAAUGCCAAGAACUUCGUAGCAGCGCUGCGAGAGCAUCGCGCCGGACAGCGGUUGGACUGGCAGGACGUCGUACACGCUUUCGACCGAGACCAUCUACGCAUCGAAAAGAACAACUUCCUCGCCAUCUACAACGCCCUACUUCCGAUCGCUCAAGAGAACGAGAGCUUCGAUAUCCAGGCACUGUGGGGUGGAACUUGGCAGCACGAAGUGACACAUCUCUACUUCUUGCUGUGUUAUCUGCAGUGCACAUCUCAGGAGCUCGAUGUUUCUCAGAUACCGCGGCUGCGCGCUUCGUACUCCUUGGAGACGUUCGAAGAUGCCCCUGACGACGUCAAAGCGUUCGCAGAGCAAGCCAUCAAACACCCGUUCGUAUCGCUCGAUGCUACAGGCGCCCUCUUUACGAUGAUCUUCCGUACCUCGGAGACCUAUCACACAGCUCAAUUAAUGGGGAUCCCGGACCUCGUGAUUAAUCCUCACACGGCCGAAUUCCUCGUUGCUGCAGCAGCUGUGCCGAAGCCAUGGGGCGCCCUACAGGAGCAAGCUCUGAAGCAGCUGUUCGAUCCAUACUUCCACAAGAAGUUACCGAUCUACAACUUCGUUCUUUACGGUCUCUGGCAACAAGAUCUCCAAUGGCUUGUUGAUCGUUUUGUCGAUGCGUAUAAUGCCGAUCCCAUGUCUCUCACGCUUAUCUUAGAGCAUGCCGAAGCCAACAACUGGUCCGAAACGCUGAUCCGCAGUAAUACUGACAUCAGUCUGGACAUGGCGGCACAGGCGCAUGCGCGCGGCAAAUUUGAGAUCGAGCCAUGGUUGCAGCAGACUAUCGAACAAGCCGGCCUUCUUUUCCGACGCAUCUUGACCAACUUCCUAACCCAGAGAGCCUCGGAUGAGAUGCAGCGUGUACGGGAGGAUGGGCAUUCUCUCAGCCUACCGCUUGCCGUGAAGACCGUUUACCCUUUGCUCUGGUUCCUUGCCGAGUGCGGACUGCCAGAACACGAACUCCUGCCUCUCCAACGCAACUGCAUCCAAGCUUACCCCCGGCUCAUCAACUACGGCGAAGGCGUAGACGACAUCAUCGAUGCCAACGGUCAGAAUGGGAACUCUCUUCCCGCGGAUGCUGACACCAAAAUGCAAGAGCACUUCAAGAACAUGUACAGUGGCGAUAGCGAUGUUCGCGACAUCAUUUCCGUAUUGAAGAAAUACAAGGAGUCGCGCGAUCCCGCGGAGCAGGAGCUGUUCGCUUGCAUGAUUCAUGGUCUUUUCGACGAAUAUAACUGCUUCGGCGAAUACCCACUGGAAGCAUUGGCAACCACAGCUGUACUCUUCGGUGGUAUUAUCAACUUCAACCUGCUGUCUAGGAUUGCGCUGCAGGUUGGAUUGGCCAUGGUGCUGGAAGCUGUGCAAGAGUACAGACCUGAAGACUCCAUGUACAAGUUCGGUCUCCAGGCUCUGCUUCAUUUCUCCAGUCGACUUUCCGAAUGGCCCAACUAUUGCGACCAGCUUCUCAUUGUUCCUGGUCUUCAGGGCACCGAGAUCUUCGCGAAGGCUGAGGAGGUCGUCCGACAACAAGGGGGUGAAGUCAAUGGAGAUGCGCACAACAGCAUUGGCCUCUCCAACGGCAACGGUCUGGAAGAUGCGCUUCAACAAGAAUCCGCUGUACCAAAGUUCUCCUGUCUGUACGUUGAUCCACCGAUUCAUGGAGACCUUUACGAAGACCCCGACGAAGAUGUGCAGGACAAGGUGCUUUUCGUGCUGAACAACGUGUCCGAGCGCAAUCUGCGCGACAAGAUCAAGGAUCUCACCGAAGCUGUCGAAGAGAGGCACCACCAAUGGUUUGCCAAUUAUCUCGUUGAGGAGCGUGCAAAGAUGCAACCCAACUUCCAGCAGCUGUACUUGGACAUGCUGGAGCUGUUCAACAACCGAACACUCUGGGCUGAGGUUCUUCGCGAGACCUACGUUAGCGUUGUACAAAUGCUCAACAACGAUGGAACACUCGGUUCGACGGAGCGUGGCCAUCUCAAGAACCUUGGAUCCUGGCUUGGUUCCCUUACAAUCGCUCGCGAUCAACCGAUCAAGUUUCGCAACAUCUCAUUCAAAGAUCUCCUGACUGAGGGCUACGACACCGACCGACUUCUCCUCGUCAUUCCGUUCACCUGCAAGGUAUUGGUCCAGGCUGCCAAGUCUACAGUUUUUAAACACCCCAAUCCAUGGCUGAUGGAAAUUCUUGGUGUGCUAAUGGAGUUGUAUCACUUCGCGGAUCUCAAGCUGAAUCAAAAGUUCGAGAUUGAGGUUCUUUGCAAGGGGCUGGAUCUCGAUCACAAGGAGAUCGAACCAACUAACAGCAUUCGAGCUCGACCCCAAGCCGACGAGGAGUUCCUCAACCCUAUGGUAACGGAUGGGCUUGACGCGUUCGGCGACCUCUCGAUUAUGAGCCUGAAUCGUGCUCGAGGCCCAAGUGAACGAUUCUCAUCUGCGGCCAUUACUGCGGCUUUGCCUGAUUUCACAAAUCAGCUGCAAUAUCCGCCAUCCGGCAACAGCGCUGUGCCCCCAGCGCAGAUCAAGAAGAUCUUCCUUACCGCUGUCAAUCAGGCUAUUCAGGAGAUAAUAGCUCCCGUCGUCGAGCGCUCCGUUACGAUUGCUGCCAUCUCCACCUCUCAGCUCAUUAGCAAGGAUUUUGCGAUGGAGCCUGAUGAGGAGAAACUCCGGACUGCGGCACACACUGUCGUCAAAGCAUUGUCUGGUGCUUUGGCUUUAGUGACAUGCAAGGAACCUUUACGCAUGAGCAUCCAGAACAACAUACGCAUUAUGGCGCGCGACCUCCCAGAACAGACACUUCCAGAAGGCCAUGUGGUUAUGUUCGUCAAUGACAACCUCGACUUGGUCUGCAACACUGUAGAGCAGGCAGCCGAGAUGUCUUCCUUGGCUGAGAUCGAUAUGCAGGUCGAGGAAGCCGUGCGCAUGCGUCGCAUGUUCCGCAAUACACGUCCCAACGAGCCUUUCAAGGAUGCAAACAUCAGCCCGUGGGCAUUCUACAUCCCUGAACCCUACAAGCAAACAGCUGGAGGCUUGAAUCGUGAACAACUGGCAAUCUACGAGGACUUUGGUCGACAGGCGCGUGGCCUCCCGCACGCAAACAACAUUUCUCAGGAUAGUGGGCGUCAAGUUCCUGAUGUGCUCCAGGAUCAGUUCGCUGCUGUGCCGAACCUGCCAACCCCUGGUGCCACCCCUGCUGAGCCACGCCAACAACCUACACAGCAGCCUCGACUCCAGAACCUUCAAUCCGCUCACGUGCCUCCUACACAACAGCAACUGAACGGUUACAUGGAUGCGCCCGGCCCAGCAGGGGGCCAGAGAGGCGUUGAAGAUCUUCUUGUAGAGCUGACACAAGUCAUCAAGGACGCACCUGAGGAGCGGAUAAGCGAGCUUCAACCCGGCAGCAGCGCAAUCCACCGUGUCUUUGACCAGCUCAUCUCAAGCAUCGAGUUUGCUGGGCCCAACAAGGACUCAUGGGCAUUCCGGAUUGCCGGACAGGUCACUAACCACCUGUUCUCCGAUUCACUGCAGCGCCUAGAGGUGGAGGUUAUGGCGCAUCUGCUCAGCCAUCUUUGCCAACUGUCUGUGCAGACUUCGCGUCAAGUACUGAUGUGGCUUGCAACUCUUCACGAUGACGACCGUAUCUUCAAGGCUACCGUUAUGGUCGCCCUUAUGGAGGUCGGCCUGAUGGAUAUGCAUCGUCUGAACACCACAAUUGCCAAAGCCCUUCAAGAGAGGCGUAUUGCCGCAGUCGAAAUGCUUUCUACGCUCUUGGAGGAACUGCUGCUCAGCGAGCAUCCGAGUGCGUUCCGGGCUGACUUUGCUCUGUCAAUCGACGCUCUCACCAACUGGUUGGCAGAAGAUCCCUCCCUGGAAGUCGGCAAGCGUGUCAUUGCCAAUCUGCAAGCAUCAACUGCCGAGGCGUCUUUGACCCCACCUGCCACUGGACACAAGGAUCAGCUGGAGUACAUCUUCGACGAGUGGGUUCACCUGCAGCUUCCAGAAACGCCGAAGAAGACGAUCGGAGCUUUCAUCUACCAGCUCCACAAGCAGGACAUCAUGCAAAGCCAAGAGACAUCCAUUGAGUUCAUCCGCACUUGCAUUGAUGCCUCUGUCACUGCCUACGAGCAAGAGCAAUCUCUACCGUACGGUGCUGGAAACCUUGAUACAGCUACGGUGAAGAUCGAUGCGCUCGGCAAACUCAUCGUGGACCUUGUUGCUUACCAAGACGAACAAGAGGGUGGUGCCAAGGAUAACAAGGCCAGGUACCUUGACCAAAUGCUCGUCGUUACUGUUCUUGUGUUGUGCAAUCACCACAACACCCGAGGGGACGCUUUCAACCAGAAGGUCUUCUUCCGCCUGUUCUCUACUAUCCUCUUCCGUCUUAACGAGGCGACCAAGGAAGACGCCUUGGUAGAGCACAAGGGCGAUCUUUUCCUCUGUGUUGCCAGGGCUCUUCUCAUCCUGCAGCCGAGCCACUUCCAGAGGUUCACCUUCUCUUGGCUAACUCUUGUCGCUCACCGCAUCUUCAUCCCGGCAAUGCUCGAAGGCGGCCAGUCCGACGAGCGCUGGGACAUCUACGCUCGCCUGAUGGAGACUCUUCUGGUCUUCACUGGACAGCUGAUCAAACCGACUGGAGAGACCAUCAUGGCUCAAAACUUCUACCGUGGGGUUUUGCGCGUCUUGCUUGUGAUCCAUCACGACUAUCCUGAGUUCCUUGUCGAACAUCACUUCCGUCUGUGCAACAGUAUCCCGAUGCACUGCACUCAACUAAGGAACUUGAUCGUCAGCGCAUAUCCUUCCACCAUUCUGGAGAUGCCGGAUCCUUUCACAGCAGGACUGAAGGUUGACCGACUUGAGAACAACCUCCAAGCACCCGUUAUCCGAACUGAUAUCGUAGAAAUCCUCUCCAAGGCAGGUAUCAAGAGCAAUGUUGAUAACCUUCUUAAAGCGUCUGAAUCCAAGGCUCAGGACAUUCGCAAGAUUUGCGAUGCCAUCUACUUCCCUCAAGCCAAAGAGAGCGGCUUCGAGUUGGUGCCAACUACUGCUGAUCCAGCUCUGAUCCAUGCGCUUGUUCUCUACAUUGGUGUCGCGACAUUGGGUACCGAAGCGGCCAAGGCCCCGCUGUUUGAUUCAGACAGCGCGGCUGCCAGAUUGAUGGCGAGGUUGGUCAAGGACUUCCAUCCUGAAGCAAAGUUCCACUUCAUCAGCGCAAUCGCCAACCAGCUUCGCUACCCAAACACUCACACUCACUUCUUCAGCUACGCGCUGCUGCACCUCUUCGGCCCUCCCAAUGACGAUGAGGAAGCGCUUGAGAUUCAACAGACCAUCACAAGAGUGCUUCUGGAGCGUCUGCUGGUGCAUCGUCCUCAUCCAUGGGGACUCAUCAUUACUCUGCUCGAGAUCCUGAAGAAUCGCACAUACGCAUUCUGGGAUCUGCCAUUCGUCAAGGCAGCACCUGAGGUCGAGCGUCUUCUCAACGCUUUGUUCACCCAUGCUCAGCAGAGCCCUCGGCCGCUAGCUUAG